UGGUGUUCACGGUUCAUGUGUUUGUUUGUUCAAACGGACGCGUUAACGGCACAAAUCACACGAAACAGGCGGUCCGACAUCAUGGCUGGAGACGACCACUACCUUCACACCUCCAACCAGAUUUUUGACAACAUCAUGAUGGAUCCGUCGUGGGAGUUUACACAUUUUCCUGCGAUGUCUCAGACGUCGUCCCUGCGGACAGUGGACGGACCGUACCUGCAGAUCGUGGAGCAGCCCAAACAGCGUGGCUUCAGGUUCAGGUACGGCUGUGAGGGUCCGUCUCACGGCGGUCUGCCAGGAGCCUCCAGUGAGAAGAACAGGAAGACGUACCCCACCAUCAAGGUCUGUAACUACCAGGGUCCGGCCCGGGUGGUGGUACAGCUGGUGACAGCGCUGACCUCGCUCCCUCAGCUUCACGCUCACAGUCUGGUGGGGAAACAGUGUGACAAAGGGAUCUGCAUCGCUGACCUCCAGCCCAAAGACUCCAACAUCAGUUUUCCAAACCUGGGGAUCCUCCACGUGACGAAGAAGAACGUGGCAAAGACUCUGGAGGAGAGGAUGAUCGAGGCCUACAAGAUGGGAUACAACUGUGGAGUCUGCAUCCACCCUGAGAUCGACGCCCUGCAGGGGGAGGUCCGACUCCCCCGAGACCUCAGCGACCACCAGCGCAGUGUGAUCAGCAGCGCGGCGUCUCUUCAGGCUAAAGAAAUGGACCUCAGCGUGGUUCGGCUCAUGUUCACGGCGUUCCUCCUCGACAGUGACGGAGGUUUCUCCAGACGUCUCGAACCCGUCGUGUCUGAACCGAUCUACGACAGCAAGGCUCCAAACGCCUCCAACCUGAAGAUCGUCAGGAUGGAUCGAACCGCUGGCUGUGUGAGCGGAGGAGAGGAGGUGUACCUGCUCUGUGACAAAGUCCAGAAAGAUGACAUCCAGGUCCGGUUCUACGAAGAAGAUGACACUGGGCUGACCUGGGAAGCUCUGGGAGAUUUCUCCCCCACAGACGUUCACAGACAGUUCGCCAUCGUGUUCAAGACUCCGAAGUAUCGAGAUCAGAACCUUCAGAGGCCGACGUCAGUGUUCGUCCAGCUGAAGAGGAAGUCUGACAACGAGACGAGCGAGCCCAAACCCUUCACCUACCACCCCCAGAUCAUAGAUAAGGAGGAGGUCCAGAGGAAGAGACAGAAGACGUUACCAAACUUUCAGGACUUCAGCCAUGGAGGAGGAGGAGGAGGAGGACUGUACCGAGGAGGAGGAGGAGGAGGUCCUGCUGCAGGUGGACCUGGCUCUGCAGGAGGAGGAGGAGCUUACUUCCAGGGUUUCACCACCUACAACUAUGGAGGAGGAGGAGGUGGAGGAGGAGGUUUCUCCACAGGAUACUCAGCUGGUCUGGGAGGAGGAGGCGGCAUCAAACACGCCUCUCAGGGUGACGCGGCUGACGACAGCGGCGACGAUGGCGAUCUAGACGAUGACUUGGGGUCGGGGGUUGUGCUGAGAGCUUCAGCCCAGCCAGGAGGCCUCGAGGACGGGGAGAGGAGUGUGGAUGGAGGGGUCAGUGUGGAGCCACACCAAGGUGAGCAGUUGGUUGAGGCGACCAGCCGACAGUUGCAGGCUCUCUUCCAGUACUCGGUCACAGGUGACUCGGCGUACCUGCUGGCUCUACAGCGCCCCCUGAUGGACGCUCAGGACGAGGACGGAGACACCGGGCUUCAUCUGGCCGUCCUCCACAGCCAGCAGGAGGCGCUGAAGAGUCUGACUCAGGUCGUCUCCGUCCUGCCUGGACAGGAAGUGCUCAACAUGAGGAACCACCUGUACCAGACUCCUUUGCACCUGGCCGUGAUCACCCAGCAGAGGGAGGCGGUGGAAGCGCUCCUAUUGGCUGGAGCUGACCCAACCCUGACAGAUCGCCAUGGCAACACGGUGCUUCACCUGGCGUCUCAGCUGGACGGAGGGAUGGUCCAAUUUUUACUGAGACACCGAGAGCUGAGAGGACUGCUGGAACACACCAACACAGCAGGUCUGUGUGCGAUCCACCUGGCGGUUCUGGCCAAUCAGCUGUCUUCUCUGAGGGAGCUGUUGGAGGGCGGGGCUAACGUGGAGACACCUGACCGCAGCUGUGGACGGACCGCCCUCCACCUCGCCACCGAGAGCGACAACGUGUCACUGGCCGGCUGCCUGCUGUUGGAGGGAAACGCCAAAGUGGACUGCUGCACCUUUAAUGGCUCCACCCCCCUCCACAUCGCUGCAGGGCGGGGCUCCGUCAAGCUAACGGCUCUCCUGAUGGCUGCAGGUGCCGACCCUCAUAAGGAGAACUUUGAGCCGCUGUUCUUCAGGGACGAGUGCUGUGAUGAAGAGAGGGAGGAGGAGGAGGAGGAUGAAGAUGAAGGCUACAUCCCAGGAACCACUCCGCUCAACAUGGCCGCCACCACACAGGUGUUGGAGCUCCUCCAUGGUAAAGAGUAUGAACCUAAAGCUCCUCACAGAGCGUUCAGCGCUCCGCAAGGUGACCUGGUCAGCCUGGACGUGCAGGUGAAGCAGCAGGUGUGUCACGCUCUGGAGAGUGAAGGAUGCUGGGAGAGUCUGGCUCACAGUCUGGGCCUCGGGAUCCUGAACACGGCGUUCAGGCUGAGCCCGUCCCCGUCCAAAACACUGCUGGACAGCUACGAGGUUUCAGGUGGGACCGUCACAGACCUGUUGGCUGGUCUGAGGUCAGUCGGGGAGUGCAGAGCGCUGAGCGUCCUGGAGGAGGCGCUGCGUCACCUCGACGACCAGGAAACGCAGAUGACCAAUGAGACGAUAGGCGAGGCGCUCAGCGCUCAGGUUCGGGAUCUGAAGGUGGACGUUCGGCUCGACAGCGGGGUGUGUGACAGCGGGGUGGAGCUCUCCACGGCGUGACCGCCUGAUUGGCCGUCUCCGGGCAGAAAAGCACAAAUCAUCCAAUCAUCGAUGGAGUUGGUCCCUCACAGGAAGUGUUUCCUGAAUGUUUCACAAACAUUUUAACAGUUUUUAAUGAAAUGUGUUUUUUUACCCGACCAUGUGUUUGUGUGUUUAAACGACGACUCUCAGCCCUCACUACACUCCACCGUCCAAUCAGGAGCCAGCUGGGUUUGAACUGAAACUGAUCCGAGUCUCUGAGUCACGUCCUGUUGGCGAACGCGUCCGGCGUCCGCGAGCGAGGGGAAAGGUGCUAAUGAUACUGAAACGAUUGUAAAGGCCCGAAAGGAUCCAAACGUCUUCACGUGUGUCUCAGUGCGACGCUCACGGGUCACACGCGUGACGAUUCCUCGUGUUCACAGCCGGACAGCCGGACAGCAGGGCACAGUUAACACAAGUCUGUUAAUCAUGAGCCGCCUACACACAUGUCUAAUGAAUCUAUAACACAUAUAUGACACAUAUGUUUAUAUCUAACAUAUGUUUACAUGUAGAACUGAAGAUAAAUAGUCAGUUAUCAUUUGAUCAGAUGAGUUUCCACAUUUCUGACAUGGUCAGAUUAUUUAGAGUCGGUCGUACAGGUGUUCCUAAUAAAGAGGCCACAGGUGAACACGAGGAAUCAAACACGUGACGUGAGAGUUGAACAGAGACAGACGUGGAAACAUCGUGUGCAUGUUUAAAGAUUCAUUCUUCUGUUUAGUGUUUUUUAAUUUUAAGGGCUGUUCAUUAUUCUCUGUCCGUCUCACCACUGAAAUCGUCUCAUGAAAACGUCUUCGUCUCGUCUUCGUCUCGUCUUCGUCUCGUCUUCAGUCUCUUCUGUCGAUACGUGUUAGCAGAAAGACUGGCAGCAGGGGGAACUGUUAGCCUAGCUUCUUCUUCAAAAGAAAAAUAUAACAUGAUGCAAGGCAUUGUGGGAAAGGAAGUUUUUUUUUUCUCAGUGUGAAACCAAAGCUUCUGUGUCCAACAGAUAUUUAUAUCUUUGCUCUGCACUGUACAGUUCAACACGAGCUUCUCAUUGGUUUGUUGUUUUUUAAAUAAAGCUUUUUAUAUUUAAA